GACGACCUGCUUCAUGCUUCUUCGGCUUCCUCCUCUCCCUUUUCCCCCUCCGCCUCUGCGUCGCACUGUUCCAUCCCCACAGCAUCAUUUUAAUUUUUCAUCUUCGAAUUUCCCUUCAGCCUUCUCCUUCUAUUUGUUAUUGAUAUAAUUGACGUCUUUUGCAGUCCUCUCCUUGCAAGCCGUGUGUCGAACUUCCUUCAUCCGCCGGGCGGUGCUUGGCCGCUUGUGCCCUUUUCCUUUUUUUUUUUUUUUUUCCCCUCCCUUUUUCUUUUCCCUAACCCAAUUUUCCUGUCUUCUUCCGCCAGCGAGCUUUCAGCCUGUUGGAAUUGGGCGUCCACCAGGUAAUGAGCUUGACGAACACGAACUCUCUACCCUUAUCGCAACAAUCGCAACACUGAACUACGAGAAGCUCAGCCAGUGCUACAACAAGCAAUGUCGCAGAACACAGUUGGAAACAGAGGCCCAAUGAGGCCAAACGCCGCCUUCAAAGACGGAAGUCGCAGGCAGUCUGGCAGCCCGGUCGAUGGAGGCCAGAGGCGCAACAACAACAACACCCCCAGAGGCUGGAUGCAGAGUGCGAAUGCCAUCACCCGAAAGGACACCGGUCCCGCCUCGCAGCAGAACGGAGCCGGUCAUGGUAGAAAGCCCGCAGUUUCCCCCAAGUCCCUAACAAGCAAGGAAUCAAACACUCCUGAUAUGCACGCACAUGAUCGCCUUGUCUUCCUGAUGACUGCCUUCAUUGGCUCGACUGCCACAAUAACCACCAAGAACGGAGAAAAUUUCUCUGGCAUAUUUUCGGGUUCGAGAACAGAACCCAACGAAACGUCCUUUGUCUUAAAAAUGACACGCCGCGCUUCCACGGACCCUGAUUCAAUCCGCCCAAACGGCACAAGCCACCAGGCCAGUCCAUACCUUGGAUCUGGUCCAGACCACAAGAUGAUCUUCGAUGCGCAAGAUGUUGCAGAUUUCGCCGUGGCUGGUGUUUCCACGGCCGGUAUGGGGGUGAAGGAGCAAAAUGGCUCUUCUUUCCGAACCGACACCGAUAUCUCCGGAAAUCAACCAGGACGCGAAAGGGAACUGCAGCGCUGGGAACCUGGGCCAGAUGCAGUGGUGGAAAUGUCUCUGGAGGGAUCCGCUUCAACCGGCACCUGGGACCAGUUCGAGACCAAUGCUCGACUUUUCGGUGCCACUUCGAGCUACGAUGAGAACUUGUAUACCACCCGCAUUGAUCGCAAUGACCCAUCAUAUAAACAAAGAGAAGCCGAAGCGGCUCGUAUUGCUCGCGAAAUCGAAUCCAGCGAAACAGACAAUCCUCAUGUUCGUGAAGAACGUGGCUUUGUCAAUCCCAAGGACGAUAUUGGCGAGGAGGAGAAGUAUAGUGGUGUUCGUCGUGAUGACUUCCCUCCGUUGCAGACUGGUGGGCCCAAUAAAUACACUCCACCUGCUAGAAGACCUCCCAUGGGACAUCCUACUGUGCCCGGUGCUCCAGUGGAUCCUGCCAUUAUUUCGGCUCAAGUUGCACAGCCAAAGACGGCACAACCCAAGCCUGGCCCCAGGGAAACAGAAGCGAAGCAACAGGAUAAGCAGGCGGAAAGCGGGAAGGCCACCGCAGCCAAAGCUGCAGAUGCGACUAAACCAGCGGAUUUGCCGAAGCCAGCGUCGACCAUUGAACUCAAUGACACUGAGGGUAAGCUUACAGCUGUUAAACCCAUCCCGAGUUUAAAUAUUCCCCCAAAGCGCACCGGUGUGGAAAAUGCAGCAACGAAUGUCGAGACUGAGGUUCUCGACCACUUCCGUCAAUUUGCUAACAACGAGAAAUUGAAACUCCAAGAACGUCGUCGUAACCAAGCCCAAUAUGACAGAACUAUCAAACUCAACGAACUAGUCAAGUUCAGCAAGAACUUCAAAUUGGGAACACCGGUUCCAAAAGACUUGGUGCCUAUACUAGCUAAAGAUCCUAACAAACAGGAGGAAAUUAUCCAGAGGGCUAAAAAGCAACACGAAGAGAAACUGGCUAGUGAGGCCGCCGCGAAAGCUGCUGCCGCUGCCGCUGUUGCCGCCGCCGCGUCAACCGCUUCAUCUACCGCUACGGCGGAACAGAAACAAACUGCGCCCCGCCAAACUGGAUCGAAUGGGCCCGCUCGCUAUGAUACAGCCACUGCGCCCUCGAUGCCGCCGCCUGAACGACAGAUGUAUCCCCGAGGCCGUCAGGGUUAUCCACCAUUAGGACCACAAAGUGGGCGUCCUGUCUCCCAUCUACCUGCUCACCCCGGACGUGCUGGAUCUGGAUUGCUAAGCCAUCGUCUAGCUGACAUUCAGCAGCAACGCAAAGGUGCUGCCAUGGGCUCCUUGCCCGCUCCUCUUCCACUUCAAGAUACUCGUGUCCCGCCAAGUGGCCCAAUGGCCGGCGAUCAUGCUAAUGCUCACAAGCCCACCCAAACUCCCACUUCCGCGGUGUCCACCAAAUUCAAUGCCCGAGCUAUGGAAUUCAGACCAAACCCUGCAGCACACACUUUCACUCCUGCCAGUACAUCUGCUGUAUCCUCAAGCCCAGUCUCAAAUGUCCGAACGCGGUCAAUUUCGCGAGCAGCAAGCCCAUCGGCUUUCUUCGGCGCCAAGGUGCUACUUCCAGCUACGGAAAGACCAAGCUUGAAUGAUCAUUUUAAUCCUAUCAAAAGAAUGAAGAAAGAGGCCACGGAACAGAGCCUCAAAGACUUUGCUUUCAAUGGUGGCAUUCCUCCAGCGUACAAGACACCACCAACAUGGGAAGUUGCUUCUAUCAAUCAAGAGAAAACGUAUGCCGAUAUGUUCAAACCACCCGGCGGAGGACCUGCGAUCUCACCUCAGACACGAUCAGCAUCAAACCCUCCAAUGCCUCAUCAAGCCCCACUACCUUUCCACCUUCAACAUGGCAAUCAUAAUGUGCCACCUAGCAAUGGUCCUCCCCAUGGUCCACAUCACCUUCUCCCUCCGCAGCACCAUCCUGCCGCACAGCCUCAUUUUGAAGAUCAUCACCGCAUGCAAGUAUCGGCUUCCGCUUCUCAUGCUUAUCCAUCCCCACGGCUCCAGCACGCUCAUAUGCCGUACCAGUCACCAAUGGGGCCUCAUGCUCAGCUGGCAAUUGGGCAAGGGGUACCUCAGUUUUAUGUUGGUCAAGGUCCACAGCCUCCUCAUAUGCGGCACUACCCUGGCGCGCCACAAUUUGUCAAUCCACAAAACGGUAUGGGAGCCCCGAUGAUGGUUCAUCAACCUUCUAGCGGUCCGUAUAUGGGAAUGCCUCAGGGUAUGGGGCCUCCGUAUAAUCCUCAGAUGCAGAUGUAUUCCCCGAGCCCUGGCCACGCUUAUCCACAUGUACAGCCACCUCCGCAGCCCCACAGCGGUUAUCCGAGCCCCAGCCGGGGUGCGCCCAUGAUGGUCCAUCAAGGUUCGCAACAAGGUCAACCUCCGCAGCCUGUUAUGGUCAUGAAUCCUGGACAACACGGACAACCUUUCUAUCCACCCCAGCAGCCUAGUCAUAUGCCUGGCGCUCGUCCUGGUCACCCCCAACAGCAUCCACAUUUUGCGUCGAGCCCAAGCCAAGCGCAUCAUUAUCCCCACCACCAAUAUCGAACACCCAGCAAUAACUUCAACCAAAUGCCGCAUAUGCCUCCACCGCACAUGCAAUCCCAAGGACCUCCUCAGGGGCCCGCUUCAGGUCCUCAUCCUAACGAAGGUGCCGAAGAGGUGAAAUGAACUCCAAAACUAAACGCGCCGGCGAUGGUGCCUUGCCUAUUGAUGCUUGCACUGAUACUCGUUUCCCCAUUUGGUUGCACGCGCCGCAUGACGAACCUGGACGACUCUGACUGGAUUUCGUUUCGGUUUCCACUAUCUCUUUUUAGCAUAUAUAUGACUUUCUUUACAUUCUCACGAUAUGGGCAACGUCUAGGGCGACGACUACGAGCAGAACCCAAGCGCGCAAAUCUUUUUCACAAACUUGGAACGUGUGGAAAACAGGCAUGCAGCAAAGACGUGUCAAAUAUCGCCGAUGCCCCUUUCCUCGGUAUUUUAACUCGGCACAUUUCCGAAACUACUACGUGAUUAGUUAUCCAGGGCAAUAAGCUCCAAUUAUACUGGUGCACAUUGUAUCACGAUAUGCACCCGUUCCUCGCGCCGAUGAUACUCGCUAUUGACAGAAGCAAUAUCAAUUCCGGAAUUCGAAUGACAUGCUCCUACAAACCUGUGGGAAAAUUUUACCUUGCUGAUGAGCACAGAUAGGAAGCUUUGAGAUUGGAUGAAGAUGGAUCAUAAUUUGCAAGCAGGGGUGACACCUAAUUUGAGGAUCUUUGCUGGUAGAAAGGCACAAUUUGUAACCGAUUCGUAUGGUUUCAGUCUUAGUUGUUAGUGAUGUGGCAGUCUCCUAAAGAGUUGAAGGUCUGAUUGUGGCAGUGGACUUGUGGAAUGAUGCCCAUCGGAUGAUGGAAAUGUGUUGAUCGAGCCACUCUCCCUCCUUUUCUAAGUUUGGUUCUUGCGCAAGGAGGGAAAGAGCAGUGGGUGCACUCUGUUGCUAGUUGUGAAGUGUGGCAAUGAUAGUUAAGUUAAUACGAGCUGGUUAUCAUGGGUGA